AUGGCGAACGUUAAUUUGCAGAUGCCGCUCAUUGCAGCCGCCACCACCAUCCUGACAAUUGUCAGUGGAGCCACCGCCAGUAGCAGCACCACCACCGCCACCAGCGCGGAGACAGCGGCCAAGAACCACGCUUCGUAUCACAAUAUGGGGUCUUUGUUCGACAAUCGAUGGCUGCCAAUGGAUCAAACGAUGCAGCAGCAGCAUCAUCAUCAUCAUCAUUCCAAUCAUCGGUAUGGCUUGUCCAAAAUUCCAGGAGGUGAUGCGGGCGAUAGGCGUGCCUUUAGCAGCAGCCAUACCUCAGGCUCCAGGCAAGGAUUAGCCACGGUUCUCAACGGGCUCACAAAUCUCUCGGGUCUGGGGCAUAUAACCAAUGGCUACGGAACUCGACCAAUGGCACCCACACACACGGAGGCUUUGGCCCUUGGAUCAACGAAACAAGAGAUACCGAUUUACGAGGAGCACAAUGAAGAUGAAGCCGCCGUGGCGGCCGUGGCAGCAGCUGGAGCUCAUGAUUUCGGUUCGGGAAACGGACAAUCUGUCGGAGGUCUGGAGAACGGCAAUCAACAGCACUCGUCGAUUUACAAUUAUCCAAGUGGCGGGCACAAUGGUGGAUAUUUGCCGGCCUAUGGGUCAUCAGGAUCUGGUGCUGAACAUGGCUAUGGAUCCUGGUCAUCGGCGGUGCCUGAAGAGCAACAACCGGAACAACAGCAAGCGGCUCAUCCGUAUGCGUACGAUAAAAUUUCAAUGGGAAAUUUCCUGCCGCAGUAUGAAUCGAAUUCUGGAUAUGAUGACCAGCAGGCGCAACUUUUCCACCAACAAGAGCAGCAGCACCAACAGGAGCAGCAACUUUUCCAUCACCAGCAGCAGCAGCAGCAGCAACAGCAACAAAUUCAGAGGCUUCAACAGCAGGAGCCCCACUCCUCGUAUUUCGGUCAGCAUGACCCAUCUGCCUCUGGUUCUGGUGCGGUAUCAGCUUCAUCUGCCUCAGGCGGAUCUGGUGCUGAUGACUACGAAGAGCAUCCCGAUGCUGGCCAGGAGCAGAGCUCCAACUACUUGUCGGAGGCAAGCGGUCAUGGCCAGGGCCACACACAUCACUCCCAUCAUGUGGAUAUCAUCAACUAUGUGCCGGUGAAGCAUGUGAAGAAGCAACAUGUUCCCGUGGAGAAGGAAGUUAAGAUACCCGUAUCGCAUGCGGUCAUCAUACCAGUUCGUAAGCCAGUUCCCAUUCAUAUACCCAUCACCAAGAAUGUUCCGGUGCAUGUGGAAAAGGAACUGAAAGUGCCCGUGGAACGAUUGAUCCCAGUACCGGUGGAAAAGCACAUCCCCGUGCCAGUGGAGAAGCAUGUGCCCUAUCAUGUGGUGAAAUAUGUGCCCAUCAAGGUGCCCAAACCGUUUCCCGUGAAGGUGCCCGUCUUCAAGACAGUGCUGCACAAGGUCAAGAGUUGGUGGUAG